CUCUGAUUUUUUGGGUAGCAUUAACAUUAUAUUAUUUGAGGAGAAUCUUUAAGAGCAUCACCCCAUUUAAAAUAUCAUUCUAUUUAAACGAAAAAAUAGGCACCAGCAUUUAGACAUAUAUCAAUGAUCUGCCUCGACACUUAAAAACCUGUCAAGAGCCUACAAUGUGCUAGAAACUCCAAUAUCAAUCAAUACCAAUAGCUAUUCAUAGCCAUGCCACCGAAAUCCUCCUGGUAGUUUACCAUCAAUCCCCGAACACGCCGGCGCACUGGACGAUGUUCAUCCCAAGCAGCGACGGAGAUGUCCAGGGGAAAAAGAUCCAUGCCAUAGGAAACCCCUUCCAAGGCUAUCAACUUGAGAUCACAGAGUACGACAUUUCGAAGGACGAACGAAAAUAUGAGGCAAUCUCCCUCGGGUCUAUAAAUGAUUACGGGCUAUCCCAACUUGAUACCAAGGCUCGGAGUAUUCCAGCGCCUGGCGUUAGCAAGAAUCCAUUAAAUAGAUUCGAGGUUGAUAAUUGCCAGAGCUGGCUUAAGCGUUAUGUUGAUUUGCUAGUUAAAGAUGGGGUGAUGGCCCAGCCUGCUCGCGAUGCGCUUGAUGAUGCUCCGAGAAUCUAAAGGGCUUUGAGUUAUCAAUAUAUCUAGUUUUUUCCGUCACCAAAGACUCUACCUAAAUUACGAAUUGAUAGUUGCUGUAGGCUUCCUAAUCCUCUUUCGCUCCCUGAGCCUUCCAUAUCCUCUCUUUCGGCAGAAGAUAAUCACCACCAAUCGCUGCC